UCCUUUUCCAUGGGACCAGCCCCAGGACAUGAACCUGGGGAAGAGCCGAGGUAUGGCAGGAGUCUGCGGUGAUGUCACCUUGUCAGAGAACCCGUUCCUCUGCAAAUCCCAAUCCAGGCUGGAGCUGGGCUCUCCCCUGAUCACCCCAAGGGAAUCCGCCCACAGGAUCAACAACAGCUGGCGGAGGGUGGGAGAAGAUAUAAAGCUCCCUGGGAGCAGCACUCUGGACCUGUCCUGGCUGCCUGGAUCUGCUCUCAGCAUGAAGAAGCUCCUGGUGGGAUUCCUGCUGGGUCUGGCAUUCGUGGAGUUGGCCCAGCCCCUGCGAUGUUACACGUGCAAGGAGCCCACAGACAUCUCCAAGUGCAGGACGGCCGUGGUGUGUCCCCCCAAAGCCACCGUGUGCACCACGACGCUGCACUCCGUGGAGACAGGUUAUCCCUUUUUUGGCAACAUCACCGUGACCAGGGCCUGUGAGGAGGAAUGCCUCUCCUACAGCGGGAUAGGGGCGUCCAAGCCCAAAUCCUGCUGCUACACCGACCUGUGCAGCGACGAGACCAAGAGCGCCAACAGGGCGAGGAGCAGCUCUGCAGCGCUGGGUCUGGUGGCCGUGGUGGCUGGCACCGUCCUGCUGUGCUCCCUGUGAGGUCACAA